AUGUAUGAUCUCUGGUGUAAACAAAUCACUUUUCCUCGCCGUGGAUAUUUCAGAACAGUUACUGGAUCAGUAGAGGGUCACCAAGGCACAAUCCAUAGCUGCUCCAGGACUCCCAUGUACUUCAACACACUUUCCUCUUACAUUUGCGUCCAUAUAUACACUAUAUCAGUAGAGAAAAUUGGCAAGUCUAACUACAUACCCUACAUUACCUACACCCACUACAGGAAACAAGUGGACAGUGCCCUCCCCCCAAAAAGCCUCCUAGUAAUAUCAGACUAUGAAACAUGCGCUAACAUAGUGGGCCUAAUGGGGACAGAAGUAUAUUCACAUCAUAUGGAGGCCUCUCCUAGUAGCAAGAGUGUAAUUAGAGUUACUCUCCUUAUAAAAGAGAGAUUUUUGGAAUGUGUGGCCCUCACCCACCCUGAAAAAACUUCCUUACAUGUUGAACCUCCACACUGUGCAAGACCAUUUUUUGAAUUGCAUCAACUGGAAGAGCACACAACAGGACCUCUAGUUAUUAAAAUGGAAGAAUACCGGAAAUUAAAAUUCUUUUUUGCACUGUAUAUUGCAUUAUUCAGUGUUGAAGAUGAUAAUGUGUGGAGGUUCAACAGUGAGAGGCCUCCAUAUGAUGUGAAUACUUCUGUCCCCAUUAGGCCUAGAACAUGGCAGAAUGAACUGGAGACACAUGAAGUUUUGGUGGUUGUGGCUCAGAUCUUUUUAGAUUUGAUCUUACAUGCGAGGUUGCCACUUUCAUCAGUCAACCUCCUGAUUAUAGAUGAGUGCCAUCACGCAACAGGCAGUCAUCCAAUGCGUGAGAUCAUGAGAGCAUAUGAGAAUUUAAAGCAGCACUCCCCAGACAGGCUUCCCAGAAUAAUGGGUUUGACAGCUUGUGUGGUUCACCGCAAAUGUAAGAGGAAAGAUGUUUUGAAGUACAUGGAGAGUCUGGAAGCAGCUAUGGAUUGUGCCUUGGUGACCUCUACUGAUCCAGUAACUGUUCUGAAAUAUACCACAGGGCCUAAGGAAAAAGUGAUUUGUUACCACACAGAGAUCAUUACAUCUGACUACCAAGAAACGGUUAAAGCUCAGCUUGCAGGUCUUGAAUAUGAUAUCAUAACAGAUUGUUUCAUAAAUGACAAAGCAAGAAAACAAAUCAAGAAAAAAAUCAAGAACAUUGAACACAUAAUGUCUGACCUUGGUGACUGGUGUGUUGCUCGAGCUAUAAAGUAUGAAAUUGAGCACCUUGAUGAAACUGAAGGAAUGGAGGAAGACCCAAAAGUCAGAGAGAUAUUGAAGUUGCUGAAAGAGAGGCUGAGAGAGGUAUAUGUUGCCUGUGAGCUAAAGGAAAAAUGUAUGGCCAAUCCUCUGGAGCAUAUCACAUUCAAAGUGAAAAGGCUCCUAGAAAUCUUUAGUAAGUGCAAUAAAGAAGUAUUUGGCUUGAUUUUUGUGGAGAGAAGAAACACUGCCAAAAUUCUCUAUGACCUCCUUUUAGAGAUUGCACAACAGAACCCAGUAUUCAGUUUUGUCAGACCCUCCUAUGUUGUAGGAUGCAAUUCACGUCCAGGCAUCGAUAUACGUCUUGCAGAAUUGGAACUCCGUAAACAGAAGGAAACACUAGAAAAGUUCAGAAACGGGGAAACUAACUUUUUGAUAUCAACAAGUGUUUUAGAAGAAGGAGUUGAUAUUAGGAAGUGCAAUGUGGUGGUUCGCUUUGACACCCCACAGAAUUAUCGUGCAUAUGUGCAAUCCAGGGGGAGGGCUCGUGCUAAACCAUCUGUUUAUCUGUUGAUGGUAGAAGAAGCAAGAGUCAGUGAAAUGCUGGAAUGCAUUGGAGUAUACAGGGAAAUUGAGGCCUCACUUCAAUACUUGUGCCAUGGUCGAAAUUUGCCAACAGCAGAGGUGACAAGAAAGCAUUUUGCAGAAGAUGAAUACAUAAAGCCCUAUGAACCAUAUGGACAUGUAGGACCAAAGAUUACAAGCAACUCAGCCAUACAACUUGUUAAUUUGUAUUGUGGAAAAUUGCCCUCUGAUAAGUUCACAGAUAAUUUACCAGAGAUAGUUGAAGAGGUCAAAGAAGGGAUUGUAACUGUUGGGAUCAGACUUCCAAUCAUGGCACCUCUGAAGGACAUGGUAUAUGGUAGUGGAUGGGCAAACAAAGAUCUAGCAAAGAAAUCUGCUGCCCUGCAACUUUGUAUCAAAUUGCAUGAGAUGGGAGAGUUAGAUUCCAACUUACGACCAAAGGAAAGCAAUGACGAUAGCUUAGUAGAAGGAUUGGUUGACCUCCCACCUGAAGAACCUGUUCCAGAAGGCACAUCAGAGUCUGGCACCAAGAAGAGAAAGCGGGUUUAUGCCAAGGAUUUGUGUUACCCAUUUUCAAAUGUGCAUGGAAGAACAUACUGUCUCUAUUCUAUUGACAUUAAACCUUUUGGUCAGACAGAUCAGAGUGUAACCAUUGAUUCUUCUGCAUGUAUUAAUAAGAUUGGUUUCAUCUGCAAAGAAGGUUUAGUAUGCAGCCCCUUUCCAUUGUUCUUCUCAAAAUGGGGGGAUGUGAUGGUAAAUGUUAAGGAAGUUGGUCCACUGACAGACUUAGACACUAGUUUAUUUGACAAAAUUAAGAAGUUUCAUAGGCUUGUCUUUGAAAGUCUCAUAGAGUUGAAGGAAAAUUUAAUAAACUUUGACCCUGAAGAAUCUAAAUGGGAUGCGUUUGUUGUACCACUUGAUUUUUCAGAAAUCAUUGACUUGGACAUAUUGAAUGAGAUGUAUUCCUUGGACUCAAUCAAACCAGUGAUGAUGAGGUCCCACAAUCAAAGUACCAAAUUUGUAAGGUCAAAAUAUGAAGAUGCACUAAUUUAUCCACUUUAUGGGAUACCCUCUGACCAAAUGUAUUAUGUGUCACAGAUUUUUGAUGAAUUAAAUCCCUGUAAUACAUUUCCUCAGGGUAAAAAGGGAUAUGAGUCCUAUGAAAAAUACUUCCUGGAAAGGUAUGGACUUGAAAUCAAGGAUAAGAAUCAGCCCUUAUUAGAAGCAAAACACAUACCAAAGGAACUGAAUUAUCUGAAGAAAAUUCCAAAGAAGACAAAAGAAAAGAAAGGGAAUUUAGUGCCACACUUUGUACCAGAAUUCUGUGGUUUAAUUCCUUUAAGAGCAUCAUUAUGGUGGCAGAUUAUGUGCAUGCCAUCCAUCUUCCAUCGUCUGAACAGCUUUAAUUUGAUGCAUGAAUUUAUAACGGAAACAAAGAUCACAUCACCUGCUGUAAAGAAUAAAGUUCUUGAUUUCUCUUGGACUAGAAAAUUUAUUCAUGAACUACUAGGCUCCUCAGAAAAUGCUGUGCCAAUAUUCUUAGAGAGGAAGAAGCAAGAAUACAUUCAUCCAUUCAAUAUGCUACAUGCAUUCACACUUAAAGAAGCCAGUGAAGAUAAAGACUUCAACUUAGAGAGACUUGAAUUAUUAGGUGACUCAUUCCUCAAAUUUGUCACAGGAGAAGCCCUGUUUCUAAGAGAUGAAAGUUGUCAUGAAGGAAGGCUUUCUCAGAGUCGAGGCAAAUUGGUAUGUAACAAAACCUUGUUUAGAUUGGCAUGCAAGAGAGGUCUAGAAGGAAAAAUUGCUGCAAAAGUUUUCAACCCCAAGAAGAAUGGAUACAUGCCAGGCUUUAGAAUAAAAGUUGAAUUUGAAGAAAUCUUGCGGUCUCUUGAAGUGCCUCAUGACUUCUGGCAUCAGGUUCCCAACUCUGUAAAGAAUGUUGGUGACUUAAAGGAGGCAGUCAAUGAUUUGAUGUCAGAUGAUGCAUCCAUGGAUGAUAAAGCAGAGAAAAAGGGGUCAUGUUACAACCCAUGGACAGAGCAUGAGGUAUCUGACAAGAGCAUUGCAGAUUGUGUGGAAGCCAUAAUUGGAGCCUACCUCCUUGUGUGUGGGGAUGAGGCAGCAACCUCCUUCUUGGAUUGGCUUGGAGUUGGGGUCUUCAAGGACAAGUCCUUGUUAAUGGAACCAAAGGCAGUAAGAACUGCUUUUGUGCGCAAGGAGCAUGCACAAGACCUAAAUAUGUUUUACAAGAAAGCAGUCUUAGACCGACUGGAGAAGAAGAUCGGCUAUACUUUCAGGGACAGAAGCUUCAUAGUUCAGGCUGUUACACAUAGUUCAUAUGUGAACAACCAGGUGACAGACUGCUAUCAAAGAUUAGAAUUCCUGGGAGAUGCUGUGCUAGACUAUCUAGUGACGUGUCAUAUAUUUUGCCGUUUUACUGAAUACUCUCCAGGUCAGCUGUCUGAUUUGCGGUCAUAUUUUGUCAAGAAUGACACUCUUGGGCGAGCAGCAGCAAAAGGAAAACUUCAUCAACACCUCUUGCACCUUAACCCAAAACUUGAAGCUUCCAUUGACAAGUUUCUGUCCAUUCUCAAUCAAGAUCCCUUAGGAGAGGAGUUAAACACAGAGGAUGAUGUGCAAGAUUGUGAUGAAGUGGAAAUACCGAAAGCACUUGGGGAUAUGGUGGAAGCGAUCAUUGGUGCUGUUUACCUGGACAGCAAUAGGUCACUCAAGGUAGCAUGGCAAGUAAUAGAAAGGAUAUUAGGGGACCUGUUGAAUACAUCUAUUCAGGCAAUACAGCUGAACCCAGUUCGUCAACUGCUUGAAGAAGUGCCUGGUGAAAAGCAAGUUGAAUUUGUCAAGGGCCAAGAAGAUGGAAGUGAAAAGUCAUCUUAUACUGUAAUGGUAAAAGGCUUUGGGACCUUCACAGCUAGCGGCAAGAAUUAUCGCGUGGCAAAGAAAAAGGUGGCAGCGAUUGCACUAAAAGGAAUUCACAACCUGCAGGCUGAAAGAGCCAAUUCACAGUUGCCUCAGCUCCCUGAAUCACUAUCUUCCCUCUGAAUGUUCCUUCUGUAUCUGUUGUAUGAUUUAUAAUGAAUGAUUUGCUUGUUGGAUUUUAUUAUAGAAAAUUAUGUUUUUAAAGAAGGAAGAACUUUCUUUGUUAUUUUAUAUGCAGAGAAGACAUUAGUUUUAUGUGAUACUGCUCCGCAAAAGUGAUCAACUAGGAAAUUAUGACACAGGCUUUGAGAAUGCCUGAAAAUGUGUACUUUUUUCAUGCUUUUGUAAUAUGGCCGUAAUUUCUGAAUGGAAGAAUGGAAGCAGCGGUUCUUAACCUUUUACUACCACAAACCCUCCAGGAAAUGGUUUUUCCCUCCAGUCCCUCCCCUUGGGUUUCCAAGGUCAAUAAGUACAGGAAAUGGGAAGGCCAAGUACCCCAUUGGAAAUUUCUUUUCCUUGCUUUAUGGGGAGGUUACCCCCAGGUUAAGAACCACAGCUUUAGAGUGUAGAAAAUAUAUGGUUAAGUGUCACAAUGUUUGUAUGAUUAUGGAAACUAUUGGCUUUUGACAAGCUAUUUGAAAAUUUUUGAUAAGGUAAGAAAAAAAAUGUUUUAUAAAAAUUAAUCAUGAAAUUAUUUAGGAUAACAUUCCCAGGUCUUAUAUAAAAAUUAUUCAGUAAAUAAGUUGGUUAGGAAAGGUUUUCACUGAGGUGCCUAUACUAUGCAUAUGAUUCAUUGCUUAUAUAUUAUUAAAAAGUGCAAAGAGCUUAGCUUAAUGUGUAUCUAUAAAUGCACUUUCCUGUUAUAUAACAAACAUUUUAACUACAGGAUGACUUUUCCUUUUGGCUUUUCAUAUAUUUGGGAAGCCUAUUCAAAAGAGAAAAUCUUGAGACAAUUAAACCAAAAGACACCACUGGAACAUGGUAUCCCAAUGCCGACGGGUAUGAUGUCUACGUACAUGCUAUGCCUACUGUGAGUGACUUGUUUGAUUGUUUUUACACAUAGAUGGCAACACGUACUAAAUCACCAAUGAGCCAGUUACGAGUACUGCCUGUCUCGCCCAUUUACCCUUUUCUUUGAAUUACGAAAUAUUUUACGUUAUCUUAUUUUGCUGUUACUAAUGUUAAAAAACAUGAUAAUUAUAAUAAAAUAUAACACCAUCGAUAUUCAUAGCACUAGUGAAAAAUAUGUUUUUCCCACCAUUUCAAAUCAGGCACUAGGAGAGCCAUCUAUGGGCAGACAUUUCACGAAAAAUAUAGAAAAUGAGCACAGCAUUUUCCCCGUUUUUUGUUUAUUUUCCCUGGCAGCAUUGGGAUAUACAUGAAAAAACUUUUUUUUUUCAUUUUCAUUUUCAUUUUCAUUUAUUUUCAUUUUCAUUUAUUUUUUUUAAUUUUUAUUUUAUUUAUUUAUUUAUUUAUUUAUUUUUUAUUUUAUUUUUUAUUUAUUUAUUUUAUUUUUUUAAUUUUAUUUUUUUAUUAUUUAUUUAUUUAUUUAUUUUUUAUUUAUUUAUUUAUUUAUUUUUUAUUAACCAAUGGUUUCAUUUUUAGUCUAGUAGAUGAAUAUGAACAAGCAUAUUAAGGAUAAAACUUUAUAUUAUUUUUUUCAUAAAGGCAUGCAGGAUUUUUUCUCGGAAAUGGUAGAAAACAUGCUUUGGGGACAUCUUUCCUCAAUUAGCAAUAUUGUUAAAAAAAAUGCAUAAACAUCCUAUGUUAGGUUUGGUUAAGUAGGUUAGGUUAGGUCUGGUUUAGUUUGUUUAGGUUUAGAUCAAGUCAAGUCAAGUCAAGUCAAGUCAAGUCAAGUCAAGUCAAGUCAAGUCAAGUCAAGUCAAGUCAAGUCAAGUCAAGUCAAGUCAAGUCAAGUCAAGUCAGGUGUAGAGAAACAUCAGGCAUCUAGGAAGGUUGAUUUUUAGACUUGGAAAAUAUUGACAUUGGGUUAUUAGUUCAGGUGUAAGGAAACAUUGGACAUAUAACAUUUCUAAUAUUUCGACCUUUAGAAAAAUGAACAAUAGUUAUUUUUCUUUAAUGCAAGAGACAUUGGCUAAAUAAAGAAAUAAAGAGCAGAAUAUAUAUAUAUAUAUAUAUAUAUAUAUAUAUAUAUAUAUAUUAUAUUAUAUAGUCACGGACUAUAUAUAUAUAAAGAUAUAUAUAUAUAUAGAUAUAUAUAUAUAUUGAUAUAUAUAUAUAUUGAUAUAUAUAUAGAGAGAGUGAGUGAGUGAGUGAGUGAGAGAGUGAGUGUCAGUAUGGGUGCCUGUACAAAGGUUUUGGAAUACCGUUUUACUGCUGGAGCAUCUUUGUUAUAUAAUAGUUUGCUGUAACUAUAGAGACAGCCUUUGGAAUGAUUCUACAAACCAAAUAAACAUUUGUAAUAUG